AUUUCAAUGGUGAUUACUCCGUGGAAUACUGCUCGAGCCGCCUCAUAUGCUGGCAUCAUAAUCACGAGUAAUUGAAAAGGACGAAUUAGCCCUCUCCCAUUCCUGGACAGGAUUUCCCAGCGCCCUCUUGGUAUUCACGCAUUCCAACCUAGCCACACGAUAUUUGACCACUUGGAUCAAAGGCAAGGUAGUCGACGGGAAGAGACGCGACGGGCAAGAGCUGGCGUCUAUUUUAAAAAUUUCUUGAGGUGAUUGUUCCUCGGUCUCGUCAAACUGAACAUUAGGCAAUGGCAUUCAAGGUGUCGCGCUCUCAGCGCUUGAGCGCAGUGAUCGUAAUUGCCUCUCUUUUUUUCAUUAGCGAGAUUGCAGUUGGAUUCUAUACGCAUUCACUUGCUUUGGUUGCUGAUGCGUUUCAUUAUCUAAGUGAUUUGGUCGGCUUCGUAGUCGCCUUGGUGGCUGUCAGGGUGUCGGAAAGUGGAGAAUCGCCUGAUUCCCUUUCUUUCGGAUGGCAGAGGGCCCAGCUUUUGGGUGCCUUCUUCAAUGGUGUUCUUCUCCUGGGGCUUGGGAUCAGCAUAUUUUUGCAAUCUAUAGAGCGCUUUGUCACACCCAGUCGGGUGGAGAAUCCAAAGCUCAUGCUUAUAAUGGGGUGCAUUGGAUUGGGGUUAAACAUUCUCAGUGUCACAUUCUUGCACGAGCAUCACCACCAUGGUCAUGAUCAUGACCACAGUCAUAGUCAUAAGCAUGUACCCGCGCUGGAGGACCCAAUCACUGCUGUUGAAAGCGGAUGCGGUGGGGAAAGGAAGACGUGUGAGCAUCAUGACCACGAACAUCAAGACCAUGCCACAAGACCAGCUCCCGGCGGACACGACCUGGCGAUGAUGGGGGUCUUGCUUCAUGUUAUCGGAGACGCAGCCAAUAACCUGGGAGUUAUAAUUGCGGCAUUGGUUAUUUGGCUGGCUCGUUAUGAGGGGCGGUACUAUGCCGACCCCGGGACAAGCAUGGGCAUUGCCAUAAUGAUUAUACUAUCAUCAUACCCUCUGGUGCGACGUUCCGGCCUGAUCCUGUUGGAAAGCUCACCCGAUGAGAUCGACCCAAGGGAGGUGAAAGGAACCCUGGAAAAGAUUCCUGGCGUUCUCUCGACUCAUGACCUCCACAUUUGGCAGUUGAACCAGCAGAAAACGCUGGCAUCUGUACAUAUUGUUGUUUCCGAGCCCUCAAUGGGCCAAUUCCAGGAGAUGACCAAGGUUAUCAGAAAAUGCUUUCACGCGUACGGAGUUCAUUCAGUGACUCUCCAGCCUGAAAUUGCUCCAGUGAUCGGCUUUGAGGUCAAGGAGAUGACUGGGGGAACAAUAUGCCGGGAGAAAUGCCAGAUGAUGUGUGGGACGACGUGUGAAGAGUUGAUGUGCUGUGGGCCGGAUUAAGGGAUUUGGAGCAGGAACAGAGAGAAAGAAAGGAGAGAAGUAGAAAAGAAGAAGAAGAAGAGGGCGAGGGACACGUGAGGACAUCUUGAUAGAGGGAAUUCAAUUCCGGUGGUGGCGGAACCUUUCCGUCCAUAUUCCACUGACUUCAAACUCCAAACUUUCCAA